GUGCUAGAAGAGUCGAGGCAUGCCUAGGAAGAAUUGAAGACGUACUAGACACUGAAGCGCACCAGACAGGCUUUUGCGGCACGGAAUGUAUUAUGAUGGUAAUGUAUCACGAUAGUUAUGCCCGCGAUGCUUGGAUUGCCAUGGCCAGUCACGAGGUCUACACCAUCAGCAGGAAGAGUACAUCGAGAUCGAUUAGCGCUAAGUCGCUCUUUUCUUGUCUAUUACCUGCUCAACUAUACUCUUCUUCGAUGGCAUCGCGACUUCCUCAACCCGAGGCCCACUCCAGGUCAGGGAAGUCGCGAUGCCAUCACCGUACUCCUGCUGUCUCUCGCCUUCCUCUUUCCAUCCCAUCAUUCUCUCUCACCUCUCUUCCUCUCUGGCUAGGUGUGGCCUUCCUCCUCGACCACCAGACCGCCGGUUGUUUGUCCUCGGGCAGAAGACAGGGGCAGCAAGCACAGCAUCACACUCUCUUAAUGUCUGCAGCACUCUAUCGCAAACGCCUACUCCCCUCGCUGCCAGGACAACAACGCCAGCCUUUUCCUCUCAUGCCGCUCCUGUCAGCACUCCUGUCAGCACUCCUGUCGCUGUUGGAGCAACAACGCCGGUCUCUUCCAGUUUGGACAUUCCAGAUGAAGAAGAUGUUUGCCUUGGUCUUGAUGAGACUCCCCCGCCAACGUCGCCGGAAGAUAGGCCCGAAGUCGCUGCCAGCCCGCCUGAUGCCGUCAUUUUGAUUGACGACGAGUCCCUCCAGGAGCGGUCGGCUCUCCUUGAAGAUAAUGGCCAACUGCUCCAAAUAACCAAGCAACUAUUGCUGGAACGGAACAAGAGCGGAUCACUACUCGCAAUUGCCUUGCUAUGCAUCCUAUACCUGUUUAAGAAACACCGUUUUGGCGAAUCCGGCGUCGCAGUGCCCUGGGGAGGUACCAAUCUCUACUACACCCUGUUCGACUUCGUCGCAUUUCGUUCGGAGGCUAUGCUCACUACCGGGUCAGUGGAGUUCAUUACCACGGUCCAUGCAACUUCAAGAGCCUUCGCCGACGGCCAUUGUCUCCUGCGGGUGUCCAAUGCGCAAGCAAUACUGGAGUUCGGCAAUACAGACAUACCAGCGCUUAAGAGGCUGAUGCUGAAGACAGCGCCCUAGGCUACGCGGGACGACGUUGAGACAGUCGUUAUUAUCUUCAACGUGCCUUCACACUGGGUAACAAUGGCCCUACACUAUACAGGGAGCCUAACCCUCUUCAACUCUUCGCCAGGCUACAUGGAAUCAGACACUCUGCGCAUCGCGGAGACUCUUGCAAACUGAUUGGUACUGGCUACGAACGAAAACUGGAC